AUGUGGGCUGUGGAAAGCCAGUGGCUCAGGUCAGGCCACUCAGUCAGUAUUGAGAUAUCUGCAAGCAUGGCUCAGACUAACCCAACGCCACUAGGACCAUGGAAGAUCACAGUAUAUGACCAGGAGAGCUUCCAGGGCAAACGCAUGGACUUCACUUCCUCCUGCAAGAACAUCAUGGAGUGUGGAUUUGACAAUGUUCGCUCACUGAAGGUGGAGUGUGGAGCCUGGGUGGGUUAUGAGCACUCCAGCUUCUGUGGGCAACAGUUCAUCCUAGAGAGAGGAGACUACCCUCGCUGGGAAGCAUGGAGUGGCAGUAAUGCCUACCAUAUCGAGAGGCUGAUGUCCUUCCGCCCAAUCUGCUGUAACCAUAAGGAGUCAAAGAUCACAGUGUUUGAGCGGGAGAACUUCAUUGGGCGCCAGUGGGAGAUGAAUGAUGACUACCCAUCUCUUCAGGCCAUGGGCUGGCCCAACAAUGAGAUUGGAUCCAUGCAGGUCCAAAGUGGGGCCUGGGUUUGCUACCAGUAUCCUGGCUUCCGUGGCUACCAAUAUAUUUUGGAGUGUGAUCGCCAUGGAGGCGAGUUUAAACACUACCGGGAGUGGGGAUCCCAUGCUCACACCUUUCAGGUGCAAUCGCUUCGCCGAAUCCAGCAGUGA